UGAUUAUGAACAGCUCUAUUCCCUAGAUGUCUUGGGAGUAGAGGAUCGAGGGGAGAAAGAUCAGUCAACAAUUUAUGCAGAAUUCCAAGAAAGCAUCACUAGGAAAGAGGAUGGGAGAUACGAAGUUGCUGUUCCAUGGAUACCUGGAGCUGUAUUGUCAAACACUAAUGUAGAACCCAGUAGGAAGAGACUCCACAAUGUAAACAGGAAGUUGAAACAGAAUCAGCAGCUCAAAGAUGAAUACGAGAAAAUUGUGCAUGAACAGUUGAAAGACGGAGUCAUUGAAAAGACUAAAGAGAGCUCGACUAGUGAACGUGUGUUCUACAUGCCACACAAACCGGUGAUUAAAGAAAAUGCCUCUACAACCAAG